AUACCCCUAAAAGCAACGUAGCCGAAGCUUUGUUUGGAUAUAGGAUCUGUUGUGACUGGACAUGAAUUCGGCGGAACAGACGGUGACGUGGUUGAUUACGCUCGGGGUGCUGGACUCGCCGAAGAAGACCAUCUCGGAUCCUGAAGCCUUUCUGCAGACCUCCCUGAAAGAUGGGGUGGUGUUGUGUCGGCUGUUGGAGCGGCUCAGUCCGGGGUCCACGGAGAAAAUUUACCAAGAACCGAAGAACGACGGCGAGCGCCUGAGCAACAUAAAGGAGUUCCUGAAGGGCUGCACGUCGUUUCGCGUCGAGCCGUUUGAGGCCAGUGACCUGCUGCUCGGACUGAACUUCUCACAGGUGCUGAGCAGCCUAGUUUCUCUGAAUAAAGUGACUGCGGAUAUCGGCGUGGGCAGUGACUCGGUGUGCGCCCAGCACUCCUCAGCCCAUCGCAUUAAGUCCUUUGAGUCGCUGUCCUCUCAGGCUUCACUGGGCCGGUCCUCCAAGCUGCUGCAGAACCAGUUUCGCAGUCUGGACAUGUCAGAAAACAGUGGACAGCAGCUGCUGGUGAGGGCGCGUUUCAACUUCCAGCCGAACAACGAAGACGAGCUCACCUUUGACAAGGGUGACCUCAUCGGCGUGACUCGCCAGGAGGAUGGCGGCUGGUGGGAGGGGAUGUUUAACGGCAGGACUGGGUGGUUUCCUAGCAACUAUGUCCGCGAGAUCAAGGGCUCUGAAAAACAAGUGUCCCCCAAGUCUGGCACUCUUAAGAGCCCCCCUAAAGGCUUCGACACCUCUGCCAUCAGCAAGACAUACUAUAACCUGGUGUUGCAGAACAUUUUAGAAACAGAGACAGAAUAUUCCAAGGACCUUCAGAGCCUCCUGACCAACUACCUUCGCCCUCUUCAGUGCAUUGACAAACUGAGCAGCUCAGACGUGGCUCUGAUUCUGGGAAACCUCGAGGAGAUCAGCACCUUCCAGCAGAUGCUCGUCCAAUCACUGGAGGAGUGCAUCAAGCUUCCAGACACCCAGCAAAGGGUGGGAGGCUUCUUCCUCAACCUCAUGCCACAGAUGAAGGCUCUUAAUGUUGGUUACUGCUCCAACCACCCGUCUGCCGUUAGUCUGCUCACCCAGCACAGUGAAGUGUUGGGCGAGUUUAUGGAGGGCCGAGGGGCCGUCAGUCCUGGGAUCCUCACCCUGACCACAGGCCUCAGUAAACCCUUCAUGAGACUCGACAAAUACCCCAACUUACUCAAAGAGCUUGAGCGGCAUAUGGAGGAGAGUCACCCUGACCGGCCAGACAUUCAGAAGUGCAUGGCCUCUUUCAAAAAUCUGUCUGCUCAGUGCCAGGAGGUGCGGAAGCGUAAGGAGCUCGAGCUGCAGAUUCUCACAGAGUCCAUCCGGUUGUGGGAGGGUGACGACAUCAAGACCCUCGGCUCUGUGCUCUACAUGAGCCAGGUCUUAGUCCAGAGUCCUGGCUCAGAGGAGAAGAGUGAGCGUUACCUCAUGCUCUUCCCCCACGUCCUCCUCAUGCUGUCUGCGAGCCCCAGAAUGAGUGGCUUCAUAUUCCAGGGCAAAUUGCCCCUGGCCAGCAUGACGGUGACCAAACUAGAAGACUGUGAAGCGCACAGAAACGCCUUUGAGCUCAACGGUCAAAUGUUCGACCGUCUCCAGGUGGUGUGCACCAACCAACAGGACCUGCAGGACUGGGAGGAGCACCUGCCCAGACAGAUCAAACACACUGCAUCCACAGGACCCAGCCACAAACCCCUCGCCGUCCCCUGCCACACGCUCCCAUCUCACCCUCUCACCCCGUCCCGGCAUUCUGAGGGGAGGGGCAUGACAACGGCUCCCACCUACCACACCCUGCCUCACCCCUCCUCCCAUGGAACGUCUCAAAGCACCAUGAUGUGGGGCCCACUGGAGCCACCCAACACCCCGAAACCCUGGAGCCUGAGCUGCCUGCGACCUGCGCCUCCUUUACGACCCUCUGCAGCCCUCUGCUACAAGGAGGAUCUUAGUAAAAGUCCCAAGAGUGUGAAGAAACUCCUUCCCAAGCGCAAACCUGAGAGGAAACAGUCUGAGGAGGAGUUUGCGUUGAGGAAGAGUACAGCUGCUCUCGAAGAAGAUGCCCAGAUCCUAAAGGUCAUUGAGGCGUACUGCACCAGCGCUAAAACCAGGCAGACCCUUAACUCCACCUGGCAAGGCACCGACCUGAUGCACAACCACGUGCUGGCCGACGUGGACCGGUCCUGCAUGGACUCGCCAGGCCGCCGUAGCAGCGUGUCACGGCCAGAGUUGUCCUCUGACCUCUCCGAGGACUCUGACUAUGACUCCAUCUGGAGCACCCACAGUUACAGGAUGGGUUCAGUUCCGCGGCCGCAAAGGGAAUCGGGGCUGCAUGUGAUCGUCCCCGGUGAGAGGAAAAUCCUGGUGGAGGAUCCCCGUCGCAAUGGACAAAGCACUGUAGAAGAAAAGAUCCUGGUGGACGUGGUGUACGGCCUGAGGGAUGAGGUGCAGGAGCUGAAACAGGACAAUAAGAAAAUGAAGAGGUCGCUGGAGGAGGAGCAGAGAGCGCGGAGGGAUCUGGAAAAAGUGGUGAAGAGGGUGUUGAAGAGCAUGAACGACCCAACGUGGGACGAGACGAACCUCUGAGGGUCGUGUGCACGAUCUCCACCUGAAGCUUAAAAAGAGAAAGAAGGAGCACGAACAUGUGCGGGCUUGUGUAUGAGAGAGAGAGAGAGAGAGAGAUGUGCACACAAUCACAUCAUUUAAGGUUGUCUGUGAGUGAAUCUGUAAGCGGGUAAUUGUGUGCUUGUUUGCGAUGGAUGAGCGUCGUUACUGCGACCCCUCUAUCGCCACGGUAACAUUCCAACAUCCAAACGAAGACAGUGAGGAGAUCGCACGCCUGACCCUCAGUGCGUCCAUCACUCCAAAAUUCAGCGUGGCUGGAAGACGAGUCCUCUUCCUCGGUCAGUUAACGGUCCGCUGUCCAACGGUACAUAUACGGUACUUUAAUGGUGAUGAUGGUCACAAUGAGGAUGAGUCUGAACUUGAGCCAUAACGUUUCAUAACCUCUCCAAUGUUAUUUAUUUGUAUGUCUAUUCCUGACGGACUUUUAGCCUGAUGUUUUUUUGAGGAAGGGAAGAAUGUGGCAAGAAACUCACCUUUUGAGUCUGUUUUUUAAUUAUUAUUAUUAUUUUUGUUUGCCAUUUAUUGCCCUCUUCAUCGUGCAACCACUUUGCGGUUUGCCUUUCUUUCUAGGGAUCCUAGGGAAUUGUACAGAUAUUGAAGGUGUACUGUUUAAUGUAAAUACUGCUAAAAGAUGAGCCGCUGUUCCUUUGGGAGAAAUAAAGAUGUUAAAAGAA